UUCUAAAUAAAUUGCUAUUCUUUGUUGAAAUCACUUUCUGUGUAUUGAUAAACUGUUAGUUUUACAACCGGACGGCGCUUAGCGGGCAGACACCCUACGAGGUGGACCGACGAUCAUGUAGAGGUCGCGGAAAGCCGGUAGAUGGGAGUGGCGCAGACCGAUCGGUGUGGAGAUCGUUGGGGGAGGCCUAUGCUAGGCAGUGGGCGUCGUACAGCUGAAAUGAUAAUGAAUUCUUAGUUUUAAGGAACUUCGAAUCAGAAUUGCAGCGCUGCCUUGCAGCUCAAGAAAGGCUAGAAAAAUUUGACACGGCCAUCAGGGCAGAGGUAGCAUAGUGGUCAGUACAUUCGCCUGGAUAACGAAGGGUGCGGAUUCGAGUCCCGUCUGCUGCCUGGUCCGCAAAUUUUUCUAGUAAUAUUUUCUUUAGAUUUAAACAUCGAGCAGUUACAUGCCUCAAAAAUAAAAAUUGUAACUAAUAAUGAAUAUUUAACUUAAAUAGAGGUAAGGCAUAGCAGAUUAUUAUCCGCUUUGAUUAAAGUGCCCAUCCGAGGAAGUUACUUCCACCUUACAGAUGACAGUUAAAUGACACAACUCAUUAAAGUAUGCAUAUAACACUCGGAUGCGUCCCACUGUUUGAAGUAAUGCCAUCGUAAGUACAUUACUUCAGCUGCACUAAGAAACUUAUCGUCUCCCACAACCUUUAUUAUACUUGUCAAAUAUAGCCAGUAAAGCUAUAUUAUAUAAACCUUCAUAAAUAAUAAAGGUGAAUUUAAUAUGUAUAAUACAAGCAUGAGUCUACAGCGAAGCGAAGCAAGGGCGGGCCACUAGACAUUACCACGUCAAAAAAAAAUUAUUCACCACUAAAAUCGGUACAAACAUUAUUGAAUAUGAAUACACAUACAAAAUAACAAAAUAUUGUACCUACACUACACAUACAUAUGUACAUUUAUAGAUAGAAUAUAAUUAUAAUAAUAAUAAAUUAAGAAGUUGAUAUACAUACACAUACACAAAUAAUCAUUAUUAUGAUGAUGAAUUAAAAGAAAAAGAUAUUGAUCAAUAAAAUUAUGUGGCACAAUCGCCACAUGUUUAUACACUUACUCUAUAUACACAUAUGUGUAUAUUUGUCCUCCGCGGACAAAAAUCCAUGGUUUGUGCAGGCCAUUAUAUAGGUACAUACCUAAGAAUCUUUCAUUUAGGUAAAUAUAAUAGAAUUAAAAAAAGAUCCAGACUGCCAAUUACUGAUAUACGUGGGUACCAAUCAUUGUACCUUGAGGGCCAAUGACUAUACAUUUGAAACGUUUCUAUUGAUUUUCAAACAUUUUAAUACAUUAUAAUAUUGAGCUAUUUGAAGUCUUCUUAUUUUGACACUCACACCCUAUAUAACAGCAUUGUGUAACUAUAUUUAAUUGAAAAUUUAUAAUGAAUUUACUACAGACAAACAAACGAAGAAUUACGCUUAAAGGGCCAAUCAUUAUAUUACAUUUGACCAAAAACUGUAUUUAGUUAAUUUUCAGUUGUCUGUACCGGUGGCUCUUGUUGCAAUGCAGUAAAGGCGCGCGAUAUCUACCAAAACACGACCCCUUGACUAGUACCUUUGCCUAGCACAGAAAAAGUGUGGAAAUUUCUUUCAGUCUCCUUAAGGCAUGCAUAGUCUUUUCACAAUUUCAAAAACCUUCUGAGAUCUCACUGUAUGUCCUUGUAAUUAUUCUAAUAAAUUGAUUUGACCUUUGACUGAACUAACUUACGUGUAGUAUAUAUGCCUGUAUGUGUGUGUAUGCAUAUGUAUGUCGUAAUGUAUAUUUAUGUAUAUAUGUGUGUAUUAUUUUAUAUACUACAGUUCAUUACACCGCCGUAUUUCCAGCUUCUUUUUUAUCCUCUCCAUUCUAAGAUUCUAUGGAAGAGAUCGCUCACUGUAUCCAGCAAAUAUGUACUAAAUGUUUUAUCUAUUCUGUGGUGUGAAAAAAAGAAUUUAACUAUUAUUAUUAUAUCGUCAGGAGUGAAGACUGGGAUUACAAAAUUUACACAAUGUCUGUCCUUCGUCAAAAAAAAUGACAUCAUCAUUAGCCUAUUUAUUUCUCCACUGCUGUGGCAUGGGUCUUUGUUAUAGAAGAAAAAGGGAAAUCGGAUUGGUGGUUAGUAAAAACUGCAGAUACAGCCGAUACCGACAAUAUAACGUCCCUUGUGAAGCAUGUAGUGAAAAAGUUGCUUUUAACUUCCACGAUCACAGAUCGAAUCUCUGCACCACCAGAUUUCUUAAAAGCCGACUGGAACAUCCUCACAUAACUGCGAUGCGAUGCAAUAUUUCUUCGCAUCGCAGGAACUUCGUCGAACAAAAUGCGAAUUGUUGCGAUGCGACCAUACUUUCAACGACAGUAAGCCGUAUUGGACGUGUGUUAGUAAUAUUGAAUGUGUCGCAAAAAGAUUGUUGCACUGCUGUAUUGUUAAAUAGAUAUAGAAAAAAAGAAGAUUUUGGGUUCAUCCAAUUAUUGCGAUGAUGGGAACUAUUAUAUACAUAUAUAUAUGCGCGCGAAGCCACACCCGGAUCCGCGCGUGAAAAUUUUACAGAAUAGCACUGCUGCUCACUUUUGUAGUAUAAAAAUACUACUGAUAUUAGUAGCUGAACCAGAUAAAAGACCAUGUUAUGUCUUGAUGUUAUGAAAGCAACCAGAGUAAAGCAAUCUUGACAUUUCCUCAUCAGUUAAGAUUAUGAUUAUUUAAACAAACAGUAAAAAGUGCUUAACGCAGACUAUUUGAUAAGGCAUCAGUAUGAGGAACCCAUUGCAGAUGAGAGUCUAAAGUAAUACCUAUGUUGAAAGUAACAUAAUGGGUUCCUCAUACUGAUGCCUUAUCAAAUAGUCUGCGUUAAGUUUACUACAUAGAAUUAACCUGUCUUACAUUAGAUAGAGUUCAUUUAACAUAUUUUGUUCUUAAAGAACUUAGUUUAAAGUAUUUAGUUAUCGGAACCCGAUGUAAGGAGCAUCAAAGAGAGCACCAUUUAUUUCAUUAUGACUUUAUUUCCUUCUAACUUUAAACAAUAAAGAGGUGGCAUUGGCAAAAAGUACUGUCUCACAUAAACCUUUGGGAAAGUGAGGGAGGUUGAGGUCAUCAGUAUGAAUAAGGAAAAGCAAUGGGCCUAAUAUUGAACCUUGUCGUACGCCCAUAUAUAUAUUGAUAAGCUGCUGCUGCCGCUGUAGACAUUAAUAAAUACCAUUCUGAAUUCUAAAAGAAAGAUAAAAGACCGUGUCAAACUUAGAAUAAUGUUUUUAUGUCCCACAAUGAUUCAUUUAAUUCUAAACUAAUCAAGUCAUUUUUGUUGAUUUGCCAUGGAUUACAUUAUUGUUCCAGUUAUGAUUUUAUUUGUAAAGAGGACUAACUUACUCGACUUGGGUAAUGUGUUGCAGUCCAAAAAGAGGAUUAGUGUUCUUUCUUUUUGAUUGUGAGUUUGAAAAACGUUGUGUUGUGUUAUCAAAAUCAGUUUGUUCAAACAAAGUGGAACAUGUUUUAAAUACAUUUUCAGCAUAGUCACAACAUUUUCGUAUUGCUACUCGUACAUGUAGUUCAGAUUAGCAAGGACAUGUAUACAAAACAGGAAAAUGCGUCACCUUAGUAUUUGAAUAAGCACUUAUUCAUGUUAAUCAUUCGGGGAGUUUUUACAACUUAUACUGGCGGACACAAUUUAUAACAUUAAUUUAUUAGAAUUAAGAGUUUUGCUAUUUUUACCCUAGUGAAAUUCCCAAAAAUAUGACAAGGUACUACCUACGCUUAAGGUGCAAUUACAUUUUGUCGCUAGCCCGAAUACAAUUGCCUAUGAAAUUUGGACAAACGUCUAAGUGUAAAUGAACGGAGUAGAAUGCGCCCGUAAUCGGACAGUUUUCGUUUUGGUUACCGACGCCGUGUUCCAGUCAAUAUUCGAGUAAAAUCAAUGUAAAUAUUGCAUCGGGUGCCCAAAUUCGAGUAAUGUCUUUCGUGCACCCGAAUUCGGCCUAACUGACAAAUGUAAAUGCGCCUUUAGUUACUUAAAGGGAUUUGUUAUAAAAGAAAUCACGGACUUGGAAACAAAAAUCAUGCAGGACCGUACAAAUCUCCAAAUUAUGUUAGCCCUUUUACAUUUGAAUAAAGUGAGUCUCCCUUUAUUUAUUUGGGACAUCUUAAAUUUUGUCAAGUCUUUACAUUUUGCGACUUUUGCUGUACACUUCUAUCUAUCUUCGCGUCUGGACUUAACCACCGCUUUUCAUCAGGUCAUCAAAUUUGCUUACUUAGCUAAAAAAAAAUACUAAAUUACAAAUUCAUGUAAAUGUGUAUAAAUAUCUCAUUAUUUUAUCGUCAAUAUCAGAGACAAGUUUCCUCUCGCUCUCUUACAUCAUCAUCGUAGCGUACGAGUAGAUGGGUACAUCUCUUUAACAAUAAAUUAGUUGUGACCAAAUAUACGGAGGAACAACAUGUGUCUGGGUUUAAAGUUAAAACAAAAUUAACGGAACGCAAAAAUGCUGAAUAAGAAAGGGCUCGCUUUAUUCUUAAUCGCUUUGACAAGUGUCAACGAUGCGUACAAAAUUCUCGUUAUAUUCCCGUUAUGUUCCAAAAGCCAUAAUAAUCUAGGCAAGGGCGUGGUCAACAAUCUAUUGGAUGCAGGUCAUGAAGUCGUCUACUUUACCUGCUUUGCUGAUAAGGAAAAAAGGCCAAACCUAACUGAAAUUGAUUUUUCACAUAUAGAAGCUCAAUCAGGAAUCGACAAAGAUAUGGAAGAACAGUUAAAGAUAAAGAACAUGGUGGGAAAGAAGAAUUUCGCUGAUUCCUUGUUCUUCAUGUACGUAACAUACGAAAUUCACAGAUCGUUUUUAAACGAUGAUGUUUUGAUAAACUUCUUAUCAGAUACUAAUCACAAAUUUGAUGCAGUUGUUGCUGAAUGGUUCUUCUCCGAAUUGUUAUCUGGGAUAGCGCCUCUCUUCCAAUCUCACAUGAUCUGGUUUGCUACAACUGAAGCCCACUGGCAAAUUUUGCGAAUUGUCGACGACAUACCAAGUCCUGCUUAUACCACAGAAUUGUUUUCCGAAAAUAUCCCACCUCUGGAUUUCCUGCAGAGAGCAAAAGAACUCUGGAGUGUAAUAAAAAAAUAUGUGAUUUUAAAUUUCGUGGUAAUGCCUUUUGAGCAACAUUUAUACAAUAAAGUUUACACACCAAUAGGCGAAAAGAGAGGCAUCAAAUUACCUUAUUACUAUGAUGCUGCUUACAAUGGUUCUCUGUUAUUGCUGAAUUCGCAUCCAUCCAUUGGAACGCCUUUUAGACUGCCACAGAAUGCCCACUAUGUUGCUGGAUUUCACAUAGAUACUAAAACCAAACCCUUGCCGGAGAAUCUCCAAAAACUCAUGAACGAAGCAAAGCAUGGCGUAAUUUACUUCAGUAUGGGCUCCAACUUGAAGAGCAUGGACAUGUCUGACUUAAUGAGAGACUCCUUACUCAAAAUGUUUUCUGAACUGAAACAGACUGUCAUAUGGAAAUUCGAGAGUGAUCUGGAUAAAGUACCAAAGAACAUUCAUCUUACAAAAUGGGCACCACAACAAAGUGUUUUAGCACAUCCCAAUCUAAAAAUGUUCAUCACUCACGGUGGUCAACUAUCGACGACGGAAGCAAUUUACUUCGGCGUCCCAGUAGUGGGCAUACCAGUUUUUGGAGAUCAGUAUGUCAACAUGAAGUCAGCAGUUGAGAAAGGGGUCGGCAUUACUGUGACUUUACAUGACAACAUGGCUGGCGAACUUUCAGCAGCCAUACGAGAGAUCCUAAACAACCCUAGUUACUCGAAGACAGCAAAGGAGUUGUCUUCCAUAUUUCACGACCGGCCGAUGCCUCUAGGCAAGGAGCUUGUGUACUGGGUGGAACAUGUGAUCCGAACCGGUGGAGCUAGGCAUCUACGCUCGCCUGCUAUCAACGUACCACUUUAUCAAAAGCUUUAUUUAGAUCUCUUGUUAAUUGUGGCUUUAAUUUUGUAUGUAACGUUAAAAGUAUUAAGAAGAUUGUUCCGUAAGAUAACAUCUGUGAAAGUUAAAAAGAGUUAAGUAUUUUGUACGUAUGUAUAUAAUAAUUACAGAUAAUCUUUUUCGUUUUGAACAUAAAUUUCAAAGGUGGAACAAAAUUAAAAAAGUAGAGAAACUAAGUAUUAUUGAUUUGUGAAAAAAGGGGUUUUUACGUUAAACAAAGAAAUAUUUACUGUAAAAAAUGUAAAUUGUCUAAAAUAUUACUUUUUUAUUUCUGUUAUGUACUUACCCAACUGAAAAACGACUAUCCUUUGGAAAAUUCUUAAUAAACACUUUUUGAUUAUUCUAAAUAAAUUCCUAUUCAUUAUGAAAAUAACUUUUUAUAUAUUGAUAAUUAUUAGUUUUACAACCGGAUGACGCUCAGUGGGCAGGCCUCAGGCUACGCAGACCGAUCGGAUUCAGGUUUUUUUAGGUAACCCUUACUCCCUCCGUCAGGGAUACUAAAAUUUUUUUGCCUGAAUCGGAAUUUUAUAUCAGAUCUAAAAUUGAUUCUAUACGUUCCAAAUUUAAAUUUUACGGACGACUCAACGAAAUAUAGACGGACACGAACCACGUUAUUGAUUCCAAAUGUGUAAUCGUACACUAUCAAAAAAAAUAAGUAUGCCAUCGUGGAUUGCGUAGUAAUGUAUUUAAAGAAAUAUCUUUUUAUAAUUUAUAACAGCGCCACCUAGAUAAAAUGUCGCUGUAAUUUAACACCGUUGGGUAAGCACCGCUUUUCAAUGUGCUUUUUUAUUCAUGUUUAACUUCCAAAAUUGUAUUAGUUAACAGUACAAACCACAAUAACAUCGAGACUCAUAUCUUAAAAGAUAAAACAUGCAAAAGACUAUGUUAAUGUACUUGACUGAUAACAAAUCUAAUUACCCAAAUCAAGGCAUACUUUAUAAACUCAAUAACUUAAUAACUAUAAUAUAACUUGUUUAAUUUAAGAAUGUCUAAAUUAAUUUAAUUUAAGGGAAGUAGGGCAUACCGGAUUUCUUGCACGAAUUCAAGCGGCUGUCUGGGGAAGUAACCUUCACCUUACAGAAGACCACAGUAAAAUAACACUACCUUUUGGUGGUGUUGUGUUUCUGUAAGUAAGGUGAGUAAGGUUCUAGGACUCCACGGGGUAGGGGAUAGGCAACGGUGCGAGUGAUAUUUUUGGUAUCGCAAGCGUCUAUAGGCUAUGGUGGCCGCUUACCAUCAGGCAGGUCAUACGCUAAUUUGCCACCCUUUUAAUAUAAAAUAAAAAAUAUUAUUCAAGGGCGUCACCAGUCAACAGCUGAUCUCACACCCAUAUCAAUAAAGUAGUAUCUGUAGACUUCAUCAUCAGCUUAUUAAUGUCCCAACUGCUAGGACUCAGGACUUUCCUAUAGAUUGAAUCGUGACCUACCACGCGGACCUAGUGCAGAUUGAUGGCUGUUACAGCCGAUAUGGGCCGUGGGCCGUGACCUAUAGUAAUACUGAAGUUGUUUCGUAUUCAUAAUAAAACAUCUCAUCCUACUCAUUAUUUUUCCCUUACUCAACCUUUUUAUGUUCUUUAGUCAACCCACAAAAAAUAUUUAAAUUGAAAUUCCUUCUCCAUCACAUCGGGUUGUCUACGGCCAUAUCGAAUACCAGCAGUAUUCCUAUUAGCUCAAUCCAUUGCAUAAUCACGUAAAAUAUGUAAGGUUUGUCUGAAUGUACCGUAUGAACAAGAAUAUUGUUUUUAAUAAUAAACAUUUAACUAAAUAGAGGUAGGGCAUAGCAGAUUAUUAUCCGCUCUGAUUGAAGUGCCACCUUACAGAUGACAGUUAAAU